AUGUCUGGAAAGGGGGGCCACGUCCAGGAUGACAUCCUGCGGCACAGCUUGGAGAAUCCCGAGGAGUUCUGGGCCAACCAGGCCGAGCAUCUCUUCUGGCACAAGAAGCCCAGCACGGUCCUGAAGCUCACGUCCAAGAAGCUCAAGAGCGGCGUCGAGCACGAUAGCUGGGAGUGGUUUCCGGACGGCGAGAUCUCCACGUGCUAUAACUGCGUUGACCGGCAUGUCGAGGCUGGCCAUGGUGACGAGGUUGCCGUCUAUUUUGAUAGCCCUGUCACUCAGACCAAGCAGAAAUUUACAUACCGUCAGCUGCUGGACGAGGUGGAGGUUUUUGCCGGAGCUUUGAGGGAAGAUGGCGUGCGCAAAGGCGAUGUAGUCAUGCUUUACAUGCCGAUGAUUCCCGCGGCCUUGAUUGGCGUCCUCGCCAUCAACCGUCUUGGUGCCAUUCACUCCAUUGUCUUUGGCGGCUUCGCCCCCAAUGCCCUCGCUCAGCGCAUCGACUCAUGCAAGCCCGUUGUCCUCUUGACGGCUUCGUGCGGCAUUGAGGGCAACAAGCCUCCCGUGCCAUAUCGCCCACUUGUCGAGGAGGCCUUCCAGAUUGCCAAGCACAAACCGCGCCGGACGCUCGUUUGGCAGCGGGAGCAGACUGCCUGGACACCUACUGACCGCAGCUCGGGCCAGGCAAGCUGGCAAAAGGUUGUAGAGAGCGCCCGGUCAAGAGGAAUCAAGGCCGAGUGUGUUCCUGUGAAGAGUUCUGAUCCCGUUUACAUCAUUCACACAUCCGGUACCACAGGUUCUCCCAAGGGUGUCCUCCGAGAUGCUGGAGGCCAUGCCGUCGGUCUGCAUCUUUCAAUAAGCUAUCUAUUCGACAUUCAUGGGCCUGGAGAUGUUGUCUUCACCGCCUCGGAUAUCGGCUGGGUUGUUGGCCACUCCUACAUCAUAUACGCACCGCUGCUCGCCGGCGCUGCCAGUGUAAUGUAUGAAGGCAAGCCAGUCGGGACGCCAGACGCCUCCGCCUUCUGGCGCAUCGUCGAAGAAUACAAAGUCAACACCAUGUUCACUGCACCGACGGCUCUUCGCGCCAUCAAGCGCGAUGAUCCCGAGAACAAGUUCUUGACCCAGGUCGGUGAGCGCGGAGGCCUCCGCUCACUCAGGGCCCUGUUCUUAGCAGGAGAGCGGUCGGAGCCCAGCAUCAUAUCCAUGUAUCAGGAGCUCUUGGAUAAGUAUGCGGCGCCUUCAGCUCAUGUCGUCGACAAUUGGUGGUCCACUGAGGCCGGCUCUCCCAUGACUGGUCGUGCUCUCGUUCCCCACGCAGCCCACGAACGCAGGACCAAGGCUCGUCAUGAUCCGCCUCACCUCAAGCCUGGCAGCGCGGGCAAAGCCAUGCCUGGCUUCGACAUCCGCAUCGUAGAUGAUGAGGGCCGUGAAGUCGACAGAGGUACCAUGGGCAACAUUGUGCUGGCCAUGCCCUUGGCGCCAACAGGAUUCCGCACUCUGUGGGAUGAUGAGGAGCGUUUCUACAAGGGCUACUUGAAGAGAUUCCAGGGCAAGUGGCUGGAUACGGGGGAUUCGGGUUGGAUUGACGGGGAAGGCUAUAUUCAUGUCAUGAGCCGCAAUGACGAUGUGUUGAACGUGAGCGCGCAUCGGCUGUCAAGCGGUGGUAUCGAGCAAGCCGUAACCUCGCAUCCGCAGGUGGCAGAAGCCUGCGUCGUGGGCGUUCCUGACGCCCUCAAGGGCCAGCUGCCUUUCGCCUUCAUCACACUCUCCACCCCCAAUCACCCAAAAUCUGCUGUCCCUGACGAAAAGUUGGCUGCCGAGAUCCAGGCUUUGGUGAGGAACCAGGUUGGCGCCAUUGCCUCACUUGGCGGCAUCAUCCAAGGCAAGGGCAUGAUUCCCAAGACACGCUCCGGCAAGACUCUGAGACGAGUCCUGAGAGAGCUUUUGGAGAAUGCAACCAAGGGCGAGUUUGACAAAGAAGUCGCGGUGCCUAGCACCGUGGAAGACGCGGCAGUUGUGGACGUGGCUAGGGCUAAGGUGAAGGAGUAUUUCGAUGCUGUGGGCAACAAACAUGCCGCCAUCGAGGAUCACGGAAUAAAGGCGAAGCUUUAA